AUGUACUCUGGUAUCUGUGGACUAAUAUCAUACUUCUAUCAGGGAUGGCUGGCGGCUAGCUGCUUCAUCUUCAUAGUCAGUCUCGCGCUGGCGGAUUUAGCAUCGGCCAUGCCCACUGCUGGCGGUCUGUAUUUCUGGACGCAUUACUUCGCCGCAGAGGAAUGGAAGAACCCAUUGAGUUUCUUAGUCGGAUACAGCAACACCAUGGGGUUGGUCGGUGGUAUUUGCUCGAUUGAUUACGGCUUCGCCAACAUGUUGUUGUCUAUGAUCUCCCUCGCUCGCGAUGGCAACUGGACCGCAUCACGAUCCGUCAUCUACGGCACAUACGUGGCAACCGUCGUCUCCCACGGUGUCAUUGCUGUCUUCGGAGGUCGCAUCAUGCCGAGGAUCCAGUCAGUCUGCAUCUUCCUCAACAUCGGCCUCGUCGUGGCCACCGCCAUUGCGCUGCCGGUAGGUAAAGCCCAGAACGAUCCGCCCGUCAACUCGGGCUCGUACAUCUUUGGCGAUGUUGAGAAUUACACCACGUGGCCUACAGGCUGGGCGUUCAUGCUUGCCUGGCUCUCGCCGAUUUGGACCAUUGGCGCGUUUGAUUCGUGUGUGCAUAUGAGCGAAGAGGCGACCCAUGCUGCCAAGGCGGUGCCAUUGGGGAUCAUUGCAUCGACGGGGAUGUGUGGGAUCUUGGGUUUCUUGUCCAUGAUGAUUAUCGCUGCCAGUAUGAAGCAGGAUAUUCAAGGAACUUUGAAUAGUAGUUUCGGGCAGCCGAUGGCUCAAAUAUACUACGAUGCCUUGGGUAAGAACGGCGCUCUUGGGUUUAUGGCCGUUGUGAUGACGGUUCAAUUUUUCAUGGGACUGAGCAUUGUCCUCGCCGCCUCCCGUCAGAGCUGGGCCUUUUCCCGCGACGGCGCCCUGCCCUUCUCGUCCUUCUUCCGCAAAGUCAGCCAAAGCAAACUAACCCGCUACCAACCCGUGCGGAUGGUGUGCGGCGUCAUCGGCGCAUCCGCCAUCAUCGGCCUUCUCUCCCUAAUCGACAACGCCGCCGCCAACGCCCUGUUCUCGCUGGCUGUUGCCGGCAACGAUCUCGCAUGGCUUACGCCCGUUCUGGCCCGUCUCCUCUGGGGCCAGGACAAGUUCGUGCCGGGCGAGUUCUAUACCGGCAAGUAUCUGAGUAAGCCGAUUGCGUGGGUUGCGGUGAUUUAUAUGGGGUUUGCGAUUGUGCUGUGUAUGAUUCCGACGGAGGGGCCGAAUCCAGGAGCGACGAAUAUGAACUAUACCGUGGUUAUCAAUGGGGCUCUCUGGGUCGGAGCCCUGCUGUAUUACUACAUUUAUGCACGGAAGACAUUCAAGGGUCCGCAGACGACGGUGUCGCCGGAAGACGAGGGCAAGCAGUUUGAAGCUGAAGCCGAGGCCGAAGCUAUUGACGGGGAAAUGAAGACGGGGUAA